AUGGCGGCUGGGAAGGGCGCCGCGGCCUCCUCCCUCAAUUUAGACCUCUACAUGGAGCAAUUGAAGAGGGGCGAGGUGUUGCCCGAGCGGACCGUAAAGCAGCUUUGUGACAAGCUCAAGGAACACCUCAUCUACGAAUCCAACGUGCUCAGCCUCUCAUCCCCGCUCACCAUCGUUGGCGACAUCCACGGCCAAUUUUGGGACCUGCUGGAGCUGUUCCGAAUAGGCGGCAACCCGCCAGACACCAACUACCUCUUCCUGGGCGACUUUGUCGAUCGAGGGUACUACAGCGUGGAGACGAUAUCGCUGCUGGUGUACGGGUUCUAUGGCGAGUGCAUGCGCAAGUACGGCACGGCUAACGUGUGGCGCUACUUCACCGACCUCUUCGACUACCUCACCAUCGCCGCCCUCAUCGACAACAAGGUCUUCUGCGUCCACGCCGGUCUGUCGCCGUCGGUGGUGUCGCUGGACCAGAUUCGGGUGUUGGACCGGUUCAAGGAGAUCCCGCCGGACGGUCCGCUGGCCGAUCUCGUGUGGUCCGACCCCGACCCCGACCGGCCCGACUGGCACCCCUCCCAGCGUGGUGCCGGGUACACAUUCGGGGAGGGUGUGGUGAAGAAGUUUCUGGAGAGCAACGGUCUCAACCACAUCGUGCGCUCGCACCAGCUCUGCAUGGACGGCUACCAGGUGUUGUUCAACGACCAGCUCUCUACGGUGUGGUCGGCGCCAAAUUAUUGCUACCGCUGUGGCAACGUCGCUUCCAUCCUCGAAGUCAACGAACAGCAGGAGAGGUACUUCAAUACGUUCUGCGCCGCCCCCGAAAGCGACAGCAAGACGCCCUCCUACGACACCACCAAGGAGGUUCCCGACUACUUCGUGUGA